CAAGUAAGAUGGCGGCGAUUAAUGUGAAAGGCGAAACGUUGUCUUAUUUGUACUUGUAAAUAAAGGAACAGCUUAUUUUCAACAAUAAAAUAGUGUAACAAGAAGAGAAAGAUCAAUUUCAAAGUGUAUGCUAUAUUGUGGAGUACUGUGUGUUAUAUAUGACAUGACAUAAGUGGCUUUUUAUUUCACAAUAGACAAAACCCGUCGCAACGAACAUUCGAAGGAGUCGAGGCCAUAUUUAUGAUGUUAUCUGUUGUGUGAGCGUCCUCAGAAACCACAUUGAUAAAUAUUUUUUUGAUGCCUAAGCUAUGGAGUGUACAGUGUGUACUACAGUUGUAUAAAUCAUGAUAACAGUCAGUGCUUCAAUUUAAUGGUACUAAAUAUACUAUUAACGUGUUCUACAAAUUAUGGAUGAAAGUGUGGACUUUAAUUGACAAAUUACAUUGACACAAUACAAAACAAGACGGAGGUGGUAAUGGAUCCAGUAGGACCAUGGUCAGCAUAUGCUUCUUACAAUCGACUAGCGGGGGUACAGGCUGGUGCUGCAAGUGGAGAUUUUCAUCACCAUCUAGCAAGUGGUGGUUCAGGACUUGGCAGUCAGUCAGUUCCAUCAACCACAAGCCAAUUAUUACUCCAGGCUGCUCAUACCACAGCAUCAUUAGCUGGACAACUCGGUUCAACAACAGCUUCGCCCUUCAACCCUGGAGGAUUUUUAUCACCACCUACUGUGGGAUAUGACGCAGUGUUUUCACCUCUGUUUCACCAUGCAAGUCCAAAACCAGCACACUACAGUUCAUCUUUGCAGGCACAACACCGACAAGUGAUUGCUCAAGCUCAAGCAGCAGUAGCAUCAAAGCAGUCCUCAGUAGAAUCUGAACUUUCUUCUUUAAGAGAAAACUAUUCCCAUCAAACAUUAGCACAAGGGACUUCAUUUUUUGAUCAAUCGUCAACUCCAGGUAGCGCAACUGGGUUAAGCUGGCAGGGAAAUAACCUUCCUAGCCCAUUUGGGAUUUUACCCCACGAAAGUGUUGUGCCUUCAUCACCAAGCCCAGCAACAACAAAAGCUUCAGCAGCUUAUGAAAAUUUUAAUGCACAUUUUGCUGCUGCCCAAACACUUAAUAAUCAUCUUAAUUCUCAAAUUGCUAGUGCUGGCAAACAAACAAAUAGGUCCGGUUCUCCAGCGACUGCAUCUAAACAACCAGCAUCUUCAACCUCGUCUUCAACGUUUUUUCAAUCUCCUCCCGCUUUUGGAAAUCAGACUGAUAAUUCGUACAGUGCGAAUAGUGCUAAGAGUGGUCAACUUUCAUCUCAACAGGAUUACGCAGGAAGUAAGUCAUUUUCAAGUUCUGCAAGUCCAGCUGCCCCUUCCCAGCAGUCUUGCAUUGUGUCAACUCCAUCUGCAACCUCCUCUCCCACUCCCCUCACUAAAGAUUACCGCACAACAUCCACUAAUCCAAGUAGACCUACAGUUUCAAUAUACAAUAAUUCACAGUCACCUAAAAAUACAAGUAGUGAAAAGACAUCAAGACCAACUAGCAAUUCUAAUACUAGCUUUGUAUCCCCAACAUCUAAACCCCCACUAGUUCAGACCAAGGCCCAAAGUAAAAUAUACCCCGAGUUAAGUAGUGAACAAAGAAAAAGCUGUGAUUCUAAUGAUAAACUUCAACCGCAAUCAUCACCAAUAAGUUAUUCUAUAAUGGAUGCCCCUGGUCGAUUGAGCUAUAGUAAUAGUACAUCAUCAUCCAAAUCAAAUAGAAUGAAUAGUUCUCCAUAUUCUUCUUCACAAAGUUCUAGUUUUAGACAUUAUCAAAGUGGCAAUAAUGUGGAAUCUGAUUAUCAUGUUCGGGCUAAAAGUAGCUCAAGUACAGACACAGGCUACUCUAGUAGUAGUUCACAGAAUGGUCCAGAAUGUGGUGUAGUUGGAGGCAGAAGACAAAGUCCGCUGCAGACUGCACCUCAGACAUCGCCUUUGGGUCAUGGGUCUAGUCCUGCAUAUCCAUUGUAUCACAGUCCUAUGAAUUCAAUAAACUCCCCUCAGCAGCAUGGGGAUCAUUACAAAGUUAAUAAUUCAGCCCCCAGGUCACCUUUAGAUGCAUCUGUAUCAAGAUCUCCGUCUCAAAACACUCAAGUGGCCUAUCCAUCUGUUAUCACUAGAGCCUUAGGUAUAGAACACAAUAAAACAUUUAAUGAAAAUAGGUAUGAAAGAGGCCAGAGUCAAACUUCCAGUCAAUCAUGUUGGGAUAAUGAUCGCCAAAUCAGUAGGAAAUACAACAGUAAUGGUAGUAACAGUAAUUAUAAUAGUUUAUCAGAUAACAAUACUCAUAAUGAAAAACCUAUUCAACAAUCUCAAACUUCAACUGAUAGGAUAGUUAAUGAUAAACAUCACUAUUUUGAUACUAACAAUGUAGCCUUACAAGAUCUAUCUAGUUGUCGCGGAGAUCCAAUGAGCAUUGUUAAAAAUUUGCAAAAUCUACAACAAAGUUGUCAGUUACAAGAUGUCAAAUUAGGUAAAAAUCAAACCACUGCAACCUCAAAUACCUCACUGAACAAAUCUGUGCCGAGAAGGAAAAGUAUUGAUAAACCAGUGCCUCAUACAAAUAUGAAUGAAAUAUCUAAUGCAGUUAUGGCAGACUAUUUAGUUAACAGGGUGCCUCCCCCUGCUCAUAGUUCAACAACUAAUCAGCAACAAAAUGGUAGUUAUUUCGAUUUUGAAAGAUGGAACCUUCCACCUCCGCCACCUAAAAUGUUUCCUGGCACUACACCUUUUGGCUCUCAAGCACCAUUACAUGCAACUAAUUUUGCUAACCAACAUCAGGCCCUGGCCAUGCAGCAUGGGCACACACUAACAUACUUCCCACCUUUUCACCUCGGUCCCCAUCCUGACUUUCAGUCAUCAGUGGAGUUAACACCAUUAUCGUCAUUUAGCGAGACACCACCUUCGGCUUCCUCGUCAUCGUUUUCUACACCAGAAACUCGUGAGGAGGAACAGCCCAAGGUGGUGGUGCCUAAUAUAGAGGAAGAACUUGGUUUCCUUGCAGAACAACGAGGUAACACUGCAUCAUCGGUAGCACCCUCUUCGCAGCAGAAUGUAAAUAGUGGUUCUCAAGACACUGCCACAAAAAUAAUGGAAAAAAAGUUCAAUGUUCCCGUCACGGGCCCCGGCUCAGGCUUCAUGGCUUCUUAUUUGAAAUUUUUACAAGGGGAGCGCGACACGUCGCCCCCGCCGGCCGGCAGAGGCGCCAGGAAGUCUACCUGGUCGAGAGCCAACACCAAUAGCAACACGAACAACACAAAAUCAUUCACGCCUAACGAUCACAAGCCUCAGUGUGACGCAAAUGCCCCUCAGCAGAGUGCCAAUGGCGCGAUGGCGCCGACGAAUGCCAUAAACAGCGGCAUGUCCCUAAGUAACCCAGUCAUGAGCUCUUCAGUGAGUAUGAGCACCACUGGCUUGUUGGGUGCUAACCAACUGCACGGUGCACCGGCGACCCUCCUCAGUGGGCAAGGGAAGAGCGAGAUGGACGACCCGCGUUACUACAACAUGAACAAGGAUCGGAAAAGAAAGUAUGACGGCAGCGAGGCGAGCGAUGCGUACGAGGCGGAGGAGGAGGCUCGGCGGCUGAACAAGCCGGUGCUGAACGUACCCAGCACGCCGCUGAGCGAGAAGGGCAAGAAGGCGCGAGCGCCGAGCAAGCCGCCGGCCGCGGCCGCCGUGGCGCCUCAGCCGGCCGCGCCCAAGAAGCCACGAGCGCCUGCGCCGGCGCCCGGGGCUGCGCCGCAACCCGCGCCGCACCAGUACUAUUACCAGCACCAGCCCGAGGAAGUGGCGGCGCAUGGGACUGCAUUGGGCUAUGCGAAUUACGCGGCGGCCGACAGCGACGCGAAUAGAAAAUUACAUCACAUAAAGACCCACCAGCAAGUAUCAAAUACAAGUCAGAUUGAUAACACAAGACCUAUUGAAGAGAUGCCAUAUCAGUCUGGCGAAUUUGUAGCAAUAAAAACGGAUUUAAAUGAGAUGUGGCCCGCUAUAUGGCGAGUUGAUGGUAAAACACUUUUACAAAAGUACGAACCGUUUGAAGAAAACGGUAAAGUGUUAUAUCGUAACAUAUCAACGUACGCAGCGUGGAAUCCCGAAAAUAAGAAAAUUUAUACCCAAGUACCGGUGAAAGUGCGCUCACAGUCACAUUUAGAAACAAUAGUUGAAUUAGUUAGAAGCGAGCUUCCACUCGACGAUUGUAAUUUCAUAGAGAAGAGAAUGCUAGAGACACAAAUGUAUCAAGAGAAUUUCGAAGUGUACAUACAAACGUUAAUAUCGCACGCUUUGGAUCCUAAUUUUUUAACAGAAAUUUUUCAAGAGCAAGAUGAGUACUUCCUAUCCAACGUGAAGACUGUGGACGAGGUGACGGAGACGAUGCGGGCGCGUGUGUCGAGCGGCGCGGCUGCGGGGGGCGCGGGCGGUGUGGGGGGUGCGGCGGGCGCGGGCGGGGGGCGCGCGCUGGACGCCGCGGCCGCCACGUGGCCCGGCCUCAGUGUGGCGGCGGGCGCGGGCGCGUGCCGGGCCUGCGCGCGUCCCGCCGUCGCCCGCCUCUUGCUAUACGGCCAGCCCUACAACCCCGCCACCCUCGAACCCGUCCAGCCCGACGCGAGGCUCGCUUACGAAAAGGAGUUCUUAGUGUGCGGCACAUGCUGCGGGCGAGUGCAGCUGUACUCGCGCAUCUCACACCAGAAGUACCUGAUGUACGCGGAGUGCAGCAAGCGCGUCGCCGACAAGCGCAUGCAGAGCCCCGGCAAAGACACCACGCUCGUACUCAACGAGCUGCUCGCCGAUGAAAUAUGGCUGUCACAGUUGUUCCGCGACGUGCGACACUCGUGGGCGGAGGCUGAGGCGUGGGAGCGCAAGAUGCGCAGUACUACGAGACAAAUGAUAUAACAUGCGCACCACAACAAGGACCAUACAUCUCAUAUAUCUCAUGUAUGUAUCACAUUUUGUAUUUUAUUAGGCAAAAUAGCA